AUGUGGUCUUAUCUGUUUGGCGGUGGCACUGCGACCAAAGGCAAAGAUGCGCCUAAGAAAGCGAUCUUGGACCUUCGGGAACAUAUCACACUUUUGAACAAGAAACAAGCGCAUUUGCAAACGCAAGUGAGUUCGCAAGAGCAAAUCGCGCGCCAGUUGUUGGGCAAGAGCAACAAGACCGGUGCGAAAAAUGCCCUCAAGCGUAAGAAGACGUACGAGUCUCAACUCGCCAAGAUAGAGGCUCAAAUAGAUUCGAUGGAACAACAGUUGCAUUCGAUCGAAUCUGCAAAUUUGAACCUUGAAACGAUGCGCGCAAUGAAACAAGGCGCUUCGGCGAUGAAAUCCAUUCACAAGGGUAUGGACAUCGAUAAAGUGGAUGAAACCAUGGACGAAAUCCGUGAACAAGUGGAGCUCGGCGAAGAGAUUUCUGAUGCCAUUUCACGCCCGCUUUACGCAGGUGCAGACGUCGACGAGGACGAAUUGGACGAAGAAUUGCAAGCCCUUGCACAAGAAUCGGUCAAACAGGAAGUGGUACAGCCGCAAAGGUUGCCCUCGGUUCCAAUGGACUCGCUUGCCGAGCACCAGACUGGCGAGCACGAACGUGCAACCCCCGAGGAAGAAGAAGAAGAAGAGGACGAGGACGAAAGAGCAUUGCGGGAAUUACAGGCAGAAAUGGGUCUGUAA